UGUGUGUGUUAUUCUGUGGUGUAGAAGUAAUCGUUCAUAGUGCUUCGUGCGAAAUAAAACACGUGUGUGUACGUAUCUAAAGUGAAAAAUCAAAUAAUAUAAAAAAAAGAAACGAAGGGUUCGCUCCCCUUUUUCGGGUCAACCAAGUAUCGGGUAAAGUAUUUGCUAGAUUUCCUCCCGCGUGUGCCAUCCCUGGAGUGACAUCCCCGCUUGAGUCGCGUUAUGGGGCGUCAGAAAAUGGCGACCGCCAGGCCACCGUGGCUCCUGACAUUGCUCGUCCUUGUGCCGCUGGUGGCGGCGGCCGGCAGUGAGCGGCUGGAAAAGCUGGCAAUGGAAGAAGCGCUCACCAAGCAGCAGGUGCUGAAGCAUAACAUGAUCCCGGAGCAGAAAUCGGCGGUCGCAUCGGCGGAUGGCAAGGAACCGAUCGGUGCACCGAAACAGAAACCAUCGUUCACCGUCCCGACCAACGGCUCCACCGCCACUGGCGUCCGGGUUCCGGGGGUUCCGCCCAUCAACAGCGUCCUGACGGCGAAAGCGACGACCGGAUUCCCCAUCGAAUCGAACAUGACUUUGCAGUGUGCAGAACGCCAGUUUCGGUGUGGCAAUGGACAGUGCAUUCACAUAAGUUUCGUGUGCGAUGGUGAAGACGAUUGCAGCGAUGGCAGCGAUGAAGAUGUGGAUGUUUGUAAAGUUAAAGAUACCGCCUGUCCCGGGGAUAAAUUCCGCUGCAAAAAUGGUAGGUGUAUCCUGAAGCGCUGGCAGUGCGACGGCGAGAAAGACUGUGCCGAUGGGUCGGACGAGGAUCCGGAGAAAUGCCAGACCAAAGUGUGCUCGUCGGAGGAGUUUACGUGCCGCAGCGGAACCGGAAACUGCAUCCCACUGUCCUGGAUGUGCGACCAGAACCGCGACUGCACCGACGGUUCCGAUGAAAUGUCAUGCAAUGAAACUUGCCGUUCGGACGAGUUCACCUGUGCCAACGGGCGGUGCAUCCAAAAGCGCUGGGUUUGCGAUCGGGACGACGACUGCGGCGACGGCAGCGACGAAAACAACUGCCAGGCGAUCACGUGCGAUCCGCUGAAGCAGUUUGCCUGCAAGGAUAACUACUGCAUCACCAGCAAGUGGCGCUGCGACGGCGAGAACGACUGCCCGGAUGGUUCCGACGAGCAGGGAUGUACUAGCCCCCCUCCGCCUGCCUUCACCACCUGCCUGCCGCAGGAGUAUCAGUGCAGCGAUCGAAUGACGUGCAUCCGCCGGACCUGGAUUUGCGACGGCGAGAAGGACUGCCCGGGGGGCGAUGACGAGAUGCCGCCGACCUGCCAGAACGUAACGUGCCGCUCGGACCAGUUCCAGUGUAAGAAGGACAAAAACUGCAUCAAUGGGCGUCUGUCCUGCAACGGCAAGAAAGACUGUGCCGACGGAAGCGAUGAGGAGAACUGCAGCGCGAAUACUCAAAACCUCAAGUGUGACGCCAAGACGGAGUUUAAUUGCGGUGGAGGCAUGUGCAUACCACUGUCGAAGGUUUGCGACAAGAAGCCGGACUGCCCCGAGUUCCAGGACGAGCCCGUUGACAAGUGUGGCAAGAACGAGUGUCUCGAGGGUAACGGCGGAUGUUCGCAGCUGUGCGUCGACACACCGGCUGGCUUCUACUGUGACUGCAAACCAGGCUUCAAACUGUCCGACAACCGGACCUGUGUGGACAUCGAUGAAUGCGAAGAGCCCGGCUCGUGCUCGCAGAGCUGCACCAACGAAAUCGGCACGUUCAAGUGCGAGUGCCAGGAUGGGUAUCUGCGCGAUCCUCGGGACCAUACGCGCUGCAAGGCGACCGAGGGGCACGCCUCGCUGCUGUUCGCCCGCCGACACGACAUCCGCAAGAUUUCGCUCGACCACCGCGAGAUGACGUCCAUCGUGAACGACACCAAGUCGGCGACGGCGCUGGACUUUGUCUUCCGGACGGGCAUGAUCUACUGGAGCGACGUGUCCGAGAAGCGCAUCUACAAGGCACCGAUUGAUGAAGGGUCGGACAAAACGGUCGUCGUGAAGGACCAGCUGGUGACGUCAGACGGUUUGGCCGUGGACUGGAUCUACAAUCACAUCUACUUUACCGACAUCAAAAAAUCCACCAUCGAGCUGACGAACUUCGAUGGUAACAUGGGCAAAGUUUUGAUCCAGGACGAUCUGGAAAUUCCACGCGCGAUCGCACUCGAUCCUAUCGAUGGUUGGAUGUACUGGACCGACUGGGGCACCAAUCCGAGAAUCGAACGAGCUGGUAUGGACGGGACCCAUCGGCAAGUGAUUGUCAACUACGAAGUCAAGUGGCCCAACGGAAUCACUCUUGAUUUGGUCCGCAAACGAGUGUACUGGGUUGAUGCCAAACUGAACGUCAUUUCAUCCUGCAACUACGACGGCUCCAAGCGAUCGGUGAUACUCUACUCGACCGACUACCUGCGCCAUCCCUUCUCCAUCACCACCUUCGAGGAUUUCGUCUACUGGACCGACUGGGACAAGGAGGCCGUCUUCAAGGCAAACAAAUUCACCGGCAAGGACAUUGAGCCGGUGACAGCGAUGCACAUGCUGCAGCAUCCGAUGACGAUCCACGUGUACCACCCGUACCGGCAGCCGGAUGGUGUGAACCACUGCCAGGCGGUGAACGGACACUGCUCGCACCUGUGCCUGCCUGCACCGCAAAUCAACUCCAACAGCCCCAAAAUCUCCUGUGCGUGUCCAACCGGGCUGAAGCUGAUGAGCGACAGCUUAAUGUGUGUGGAAGACGAAAAAAGUUCUACCGAUCGGGCAAGCAGCGAAGACGGUGACGGCAGUGGCGGCACCAGCGUCGGUAGCAACGACGGUAGCAACAAUGGUAUGAAUCGGAGUAGUGCCAACAAACACAUCGAGCACCACUCGAGUAACAUUUACGAUAGCAAUAAGGACAUCAUCGCUUCAUCCACCAAUGCAUCCUUCCCUUCUUCCAAUUCCUCAUCAUCAUCAUCUUCUAUUUCUUCUCCGCCGUCAACGUUCCCUUCGUCGCAAGGCACCAAGCAAAACUGGCAAUCGAGCAUUUCCCUGCCCGGUCUCAGCCCACCCGGGCACGUCCCGUUCGCCACUAACAUCACUAACAGCUUGCAUCUGGCCGCCAUCUGCACCAACCUCACGCGCACGGUGGCGAUUAUGGAAAGCUUGAAGUCGGCGCGCGGGCCGGCGCUCCGGGACCGGGGCGCCCUGCACCGCUCCUACAUGCACCGGGUGGUGGACCGGAACACCAGUGCCGAGGUGCAGCCGGUCCGCUACUCGUACUGGGAGCAGCGCCGCCGGUUCAACCUGCUCGAGAACCUCUUCCCGAGGCCGCCGGCCGAUGCCGACGAGCGGGCGAACGAGGAGGCCGCCGCCCACCACCGGGCACUGUACGAUAACGAGCUGUCCGCCUCCAUCCAGUAUGUGAGGUGGAUUUGCGAAAAGUUCCGAGCGACGAUGCGAAAUGGAACCGACGACACGAUCAUCCGCCCGGACGUGGUCGAGAAGGACUCGGGCCAGGUGGCCCUCAUCUCCAUCGCCAUCAUCACGGGGCUGUUCGUCUUCAUUGGAACGAUCGUAUUCUGCAUCUAUCGGCACCACCUGCACCGGAACUCGACGUCGAUGAACUUCGACAAUCCUGUGUACAGGAAAACGACCGAGGAUCAGUUCAGCUUGGAGAAGAACAUGCAGAGCCGCAUGUACCCGAGCACCGUGGGCGAAGAGGCACAGGAACCCCUAAACAGACCGGCCACGAACGAUUUCGUCUAACCUACAGCCAUGCCGCGACACCACCAACCGACGACGAUGAGCUCAAACUGAUUCAAAUUAAACCAUUUGGAACGCAAACAUUGGACUGCUUGUUGGAAUGGCGAGCAGCAAGAGACGCAAACAACACAACACACACAAAUUAUUAACCACCAAAAACGACGCAAUCCAAUACUCAAUACUCAAUGGUACAAUAGGCUCGUUCCGGAAGCGUUCGAAAUCGCAAUACAUCGGCACCCCUAUCGUUGUGGAGUUUAUUGCUCCCAGCCCGGAACCGGAAAGAAAUACUACGACCCAACAAACACAAAUCAUUGCAAUAGUUCAGCCUCGAAUGUUCGCCAAGUGCAACGGCAACGGUACAGGAAAAUGGCAAAACCUAGAAGAUUCGUCAAACCAAAUGACUAUGUUUUCCACGCACUCGAAUUCGCCAAAAAAAAGUAAUUGAAGUUAAUAGAAAAAAAGAAGUUUAUCGUUCGUAACGAUUGAAUUGAGCGCAAACCCCCCUGUUUCCCGCCCGUCGAGGCUCAAUUCCUAGCGACAAUGGGAGGUUCUUGGUGUCCUCUGGAAAGGACGAUAACACUAUAGGGACGCUAAAAGAAACGCCGCGGCAAGAAGAGUGUCCUCCAAGGUUAUAUAUUUAACACACAAUAAUUUAUAGACAGCCCGUACGCACGGGCCUGUACAAGGAUAUACGGUUAGGUUUCAUUUGCUAGCUAGAAAAAAGAGGAAUUAGUUGUACUUCACUCUCGGUACUUGGAACUUGUUUCGUUUCCUUUUGGACCACCAGGCUUGAUCCGACCGGAGGGACAACUGGUUUUCUUUCAAACUAUAUUGCCUUUCGGGAGAAGAAAAAACACUGUAGAUAAAUUCUGAAAUUGCGGUUCGUUGACCCCACUGUGAUCGAGGUUUGCUAAGCCUACACAAUGGUGAUGAUGACGCAUGGGAAAAGGGAAUCAGAUGUUUAGUACAUUAUUAUAAUUAUUGUUUGCUGUUAGUUUCUUGUCAGACUAGGUUAAUAGAAAUGGCGUGAGGCGUGUGACAAAGGUUCUGCUUCCACGCAACGAGGAUGAAUGGAAAAUGGACGAUCGGGCACGUCUUUAGGCAAACAGUUUAGUCAACCAGGACACCAAUGUAAGGCCAAGUCGUCCGACCGCGGUGCAGCGUUUAGGGUGUGUGAUCGUAACGAUUAGGAAUCGUUUUGAUAGCACCCCACACGUGGUGUUGGCGUUAGUGAAACUCGCCCGAAAACAUGAAAAAUUAUAAAUGUAAUUGUAAAUAUAAAACCUUCCUUUUUUCCGUUA